AACAGAUCACAACCCUACUGUUUGUUUUUUCCCGAGUUCAUAUUUGUUGAAUUCAAAUUUUUUUUUUUUUCGGUUUAGUUGAAUGUUAAAUUCAAUUUCUUUUUUGAAAUAAUAAAGAAUUUUUGUGGUUUUUUUUCUUUCCCCGAGAGUACGAGUACCGGUGGACGGGUGGAGAGGUGGGUUGAAAAUACAAGGAAAUGUAAGGAAUCAUGGAGAGAGAUGUGAGUGAAGUCUCUUUUCAGGUAGCCGACAACUCCAACUCUCUGCCUCUCCUCUCUCUCUCUCUCUCCGUCUCUUCUUCCUUCCUAACAACCGCAUUGCUCUCUGCACAUGCGCCACUCGCCUCUCCAGUCCAGCUCACCACACCCCGCAACAAAUCAUUCAUUCCGUUCGAGAUCAAAGCCCUCGCCGAGGAAACCCGCCCCCAGCUGGAUCCGACCCGUUUCUUCUUCUUCUUCUUCUUCUUCUUCUUCUUCUUCUUGCCCUUCCUCUGUAUUUUUUUUCUCUCUCCGCCUCGUGCUUCCUGUUGGGUCCUUUUCAGCAGCUAUUGGCUGUUGCGCUGCACAUACCAUCUUCCCAGGCCGCCCCCGUUGCUUCAGUUAUUAGAGACCCUUUUCCUAUUUCCUUUCCCCUUUUCUGGAUUCACAAAAUACGACUCUUUGCCCGUUUUCUCUACCCGGGGAGCGGGCUGGUUCAUAGCGAAAUGGAGCUUGUUGCUGUGUCAUUUUCGGCUGGGGGUAUUUGAUUGGAGGAGAGUUGAGCUGGAAGGAACUCGGUUACCCCAUCUUUUCAGCUUGUCCACAGUCUGCGGUUUCGCUGGCCAAGUUUAGGGCCCGAGGCUGAAGGAGGCUUCAGCGGAGCAGGUUGGUUGGAGUCAUGCUUUUCCUUUACGUUGAAAUCUGCAUUUGUGGGUUCUUUGCUUUGCUUUCAUUGAGUGUGGUUGCGCGGAAAGGAGAACGCUUUUGUGUUUCGUGGAGAGGAAGUGUCAGCGGGGAUUAACAACUGGGUUUGAAGUUGAAGGAAUACCCUUGAGGACUGCAACGUAUGAUGCUGAUUGCUUUCCUGACCAAUGAUGCCAUGCCAUCUAUUGGGUUUUGCUGCUUUUUCAGAAUACAUGUGUGCUAUGAGCCCUUAAUGAUCAUCAAUACUCGUUAUUUGGGUUAGGGUUGAGAUUUUAGGUCAAGAUGGGUGUAUGGUAUUUGUAUUAUUAGAAGGGUGAAACAAGUUUUUUUUAAUAGUCCUCUAUAAGCUACAUGCUCUAAUAGGGCUUUGGUGUUUUGUGGUUUACUGGCGUGAGUCGAUGUGUCUCCCCGGUGAUAUGCCAUGCUUGUUUUAGAUAUGAUGACUUAUGACGCUUCAAUGCUGACUCUUAUGUGUCCAUGAAGUCAGGAAGAGGUGGUGUAUCCUUUCUUUCUUUCUUUCUUUCUUUCUUUCUUUCAAGAAUGAGAGCGUAAGAGUAGCUCAGAUGAUUUCCGCUCCCAAAUGGCAGAUGAGUUGUUUGGUAUUCCAGUCAUAUUGAUUCUGUAAUUCACAAAUUUGUGAUGGUUUCAACUGCAGGAUUGAAAGGUUUGCUCGUGAUCACCAAGAGAGGUAUUUGUUAUCUACUGUUUGGAUGUUCUGAGUAGGAAGCAGGCGCCCUGUUUCCUUAUUCUUAGGGGGUGUGUCCGGAAAGUAAUGCAAAUAGAAAAUCCCUCUGCAAAUGGCGAAUCUUACCCCAGGGGUUCUGCUCAAGCUCUUGCAACACAUGAAUACAGAUGUCAAAGUUGCAGGUGAGCAUAGAUCAUCGUUACUGCAAGUGGUGAGCAUUGUGCCAGCAUUAGCGGGCAGUGAGCUAUUCCCUAAUCAGGGUUUUUAUCUCAAAGUGUCUGAUUCUUCCCAUGCAACUUACGUCUCUUUACCGGAGGAGCAUGAUGAUCUCAUUUUGAGCGAUAAGAUCCAAUUAGGACAAUUUAUUCAUAUUGAGAGGCUCGAAGCUGCCUCACCAGUCCCAAUACUUAGAGGAGUUAAGCCAAUCCCAGGGAGGCAUGCUUGUGUUGGUAGCCCCGAGGAUAUUGUGGCAACUGAUUCACUCAGCUUCCUCAAUAAUAAUCAUGAUCCAAGUUCUGGUUCGAAGCAUUCCAACAGUGCAAAGACAUUGAAAAAAGUGGGUUCAGGCAGUAGUAAUGGGGAGGGGAAGGUGAAAUCAACGCCCAGAGGGCUGAGUAGCAGUGGUAGCAAAGAUGAUUUACGCUCUAAGAAAACCUCCUCUCUAGCGAGGUCUAAGUCUCAGUUGUCAAAACUUCAUUCGAACCUAGAAUUGAAGAAGGAAUCUCUACAAAAGUUGAAGCCUUCUAGUUCAAGAUCUAUUCCUUCUUCUCCAAGUAGCUGUUACUCGUUGCCUACAUCAUUUGAGAAGUUUUCAAGUGGGGUGAAGCAACAGUCUAAAAUUAAGGGGUUCGAUAAGGGUUCGCCUAGGAUAGGACUAACAGAAAGAGCGGCUUCUGCUAAUGGAUUAACUCCUACUAGAAGAGUUCCUGUGAUCAAGAACAUAGUUCAGGGUAUUGAGCUGGGAGCAAAGGCUCUGAGAAGGAGCUGGGAAGGAAGCAUGGAAGUAAAGAAGAGGGAUUCCACAAAGUUGCUGCCUUCUAAACUGGAUCCAAAACCUGAAGUUCGGAGUACUUCUGUUCCAAGGAAAAGUACGUCCAGUGAGCGUUCACUUCCUAGAGAAGAUAGUAGGGGCUUUACGAAUUCGUUUAAAGAAGAGAACAAAGGUCCAGUAUCUGUUAAGAGAGCUGCUUUUUCUGGGAUUACUGAUGAUCAAGAAACGAUGAAUAAGCCUAGGCUGUCUGUUGGAAGAAAAUCUUCUGGAGAACUGGCUAAUAAUGGGCUUCCAGGGAACUUUGUCAAAAUUCCAAUACAUAGUAAAAGGAUGACUGAAGGGAGUGUUUCAUGGACUUCUCUUCCUUCUUCUCUUGCUAAGCUUGGGAAGGAAGUUAUGAGGCAUAGAGAUGCUGCACAGACAGCAGCAAUAGAGGCAAUGCAGGAGGCUUGUGCUGCAGAGAGCUUGCUUCGAUGUCUUAGGAUUUACUCUGAGCUAACUUUGUCAGCCAAAGAAGAUAACCCUCAACCUGCUGUUGAGCUUUUCUUGGCUCUCCAUUCAAGUUUGAACAAUGCUCGUACAGUGGCUGAUUCUCUAUCCAAAAUGCUCCCCCCUGGAUCAAUGAAUGAAAAUCUCCCCGAAGAAAUACAGAAGAUUACAUCAGAUCGACGUAAGCACGCAUCCAUUUGGGUCCAAGCAGCAUUAGCCACCAAUUUAUCAUCCUUUGCCGUAUUCACCAAGGACCAAAAAGCCUCUGCUGGAAGUAACCAGCAUGUGCUUGUUCUCGAACCCCUUUCAAAGAAUGGUGCUACGAGACCUGAACCCAAAAUCCGUCCAGUGGUUGGCUCGAAGCUAGUAGCCACAGGUGCUUUCCGCAAACAGUUGGAUUCUUCUGCUGCUAGUGAAAAGGCGCAGCCCCUGCAACCACCACCAGAAUGGAGCAGGGGGGGAGGACUCGACGAGGCGAUGGACUUGGCCGAAGUGUUGCGGGUGGAUUCCCAGAGUUGGUUCUUGGGGUUUGUGGAAAGGUUCUUGGACGCAGACGUUGACACGUCAGUGCUGUCGGAUAACGGUCAAAUAGCUGGGAUGUUGACUCAGCUGAAGAGUGUCAAUGAAUGGUUAGACGGGAUUGGGGCGAGCAAGGAUGAAGACGACGAGACUCGACCGAGUGUUUCUUCCGAGACCGUUGAUCGGCUGAGGAAGAAGAUCUACGAGUACCUUCUCACGCACGUCGAAUCUGCCGCUGCUGCACUUGGAGGUGGCGGUGGCAGCAGCGGCGGUGGAUCACAAUCGUCGCCAAAGCUUCGAGCCAUAGACACGAAAUCCAAAAGGUGACGGCUAAUUUUAUGCAUUACUAAUGUAUGAAAACCACAUCCAUUUCCCCUAGACCAUGAGAGUUGCGGGUUAAGGUGUGUUUUUUCCCAUGCUAAUCAAAUGAACACGACACCCCUUUUGACCAGGGGUUUGUGUUGGUUAUACGGGAUUGGCAGUGUUUGUUAAUUGAUCAAAGGAAAAAUUUUCAAGUGUAAAGUGCUAAAAACGGCAUUUGUGGUGCGCAAAUUUGUGUUUGUUGGUUUCUCCUGUAAUUAUACCAGGCUGUUGUUGAGUAGCGCCGAGCUUGUACUAUCAUUUCUUUGUUGUGGGGGUGAAUGAAUUUUUUUUUUUUGA